AUGUCUCUUGGAAAUUCCUCCCCUCCUCGCCACACUGGUGAGGGGAGGGGCCGAAUUUUCGACUUCGGGAAACCGUUCGGAGGACGCUGGGGGACAUUGUGGGAUUGUCUUUUCCCAUGUCCGUCUUUGUCACCUCUCCGCCUCCCCUCUUCACGUCGUCCCACCCCUCUCUCCCCCUUCCUCCCCCUCUCUUCUCGCUCUCCCCCUCUCUUGCCCGCUCCCCCCUCUCUUCCCCUCUCUCCCCCGCUCUCCCCCUCUCCCCCGCUCUCCCCCUCUCUCCCCCGCUCUCCCCCUCUCCUCCCCGCCCCUCCUUCCUGGCAGCUGGCGGACGAAUCCGUGGCUGCCACGUGUAUCAAUACCAUCCGCAUGCUGGUGGUCGAUGCAGUCAACAACGUCAACGCGGGGCACCCCGGGUCCGCCAUGGGGUUGGCGCCACUUGGCGCGCUGCUAUUCGCCGAGGAGAUGCGCUUCGACCCCGCCGAUCCCGCGUGGCCCAAUCGCGACCGCUUCAUCCUGAGCAACGGCCACGUGUGUCUGCUGCAGUACUGCCUGCUUCAUCUAACGGGAUACGAUCUCCAGAUGAAGGACCUGAAGCGGCUGGCGAAGCUGGGGAGCAAGACGCCAGGGCACCCGGAGAACACACUCACGCCAGGCCACCCGGAGAACACACUCACGCCAGGCCACCCGGAGAACACACUCACGCCAGGGAUAGAGGUCACCACAGGUCCCCUGGGGCAGGGCUUUGCGAAUGCGGUGGGGGUGGCGGCAGCAGAGGCGCACCUGGCUGCUCGCCUCAACACUGUUGACUUCCCUGACCUCAUUGACCACCACACUCGUCCUAAUGCUUGUCGUAUCGUAUGUGCUUCUCGCUACAGUCUCGAAUCCUCGCCUUGCCUCCUCCCCUGCGUGUUGCCCGUGCGCCUGCCGUCCAGGUUCGUUGUAUUUGGCGACGGCUGUGCCAUGGAGGGCGUGGUGAAUGAGGCAGCGUCCCUGGCGGGCCACUGGGGGCUGGGCAAGCUCAUCGCCUUUUACGACUCCAACCAGCUGUCCCUUCUUCUCGCCCCCUCCCAACCUUACCCACCCACCACAGGUCACCAUAUUCAGGUCACCAGAGAUGGCAGCACUGCCCUCGCCUUCACUGAGGAAGUCACCAUAGACGGCAAGACAGACCUCGCCUUCUCAGAGGACGUCCUGGGCCGCUUCGUCACCAUAGACGGCAGCACGGACAUUGCCUUCUCAGAGGACGUCCUGGGCCGCUUCGCCGCGCUGAGGUGGCACGUGCAACGAAUCACAAUGCGCGACGCCGCUGACCUGGAUAGCCUGCGAGCCGCCAUUCAAGCCGCCAAGAGGGAAACCCACCGGCCAUCAGUCAUUCAAGUGGACACGUUGAUCGGGUUCGGCUCCCCCAAGAAGCAGGGCACGAGCGCGGCCCACCAUGGGGCGUUUGGAAAGGAGGAGACUGGAGCCAUUAAGAAGACGCUGCACUGGCCCUACAACGAGCCGUUUACUGUUCCCGAGGAGGUGUACAGGGCCAUGCAUAAGGCGGCUGCGCGUGGCCAAUCAGCAGCUGCCAGCUGGAGGGAUCGGGUGGCGCAGUACCGCCAACGCCACCCAGACCGGGCGGCGCUUUUGGACGCACUCACAUUGCCUGGGCGGCUGCCAGCUGGCUGGGAGGACUCGUUGCCGCACUUCCAACCAUCAACUCCUCCCGAUGCCACGCGUGGUUACUCUGAAGCGUGUCUCAACGGCCUCGUGCACUCGCUGCCCAACCUGCUGGGCGGCAGUGCUGACCUGGCAUCCUCCAAUAAGGUGGCCUUUCACGGGCUUCCGGACUUCUCCCGGGAGUGCUUUGAGGGCCGCAACUUCCACUACGGCGUGCGCGAGCAUGCCAUGGGUGCCAUCAGCAACGGCCUUGCCCUGCACUCACGGGCGCUCAUACCAGUGGCAGCCACCUUCCUCGUCUUUUCCGACUAUAUGCGGCCGGCGCUGCGCCUCGCCGCCCUCUCCGCCGCCCGUGUGCUCUUUGUCUUUACCCAUGACUCCAUCGGGCUGGGGGAGGACGGCCCCACGCACCAGCCAGUGGAGCACCUGCCAUCCCUCCGGGCAAUCCCCAACCUCCAUGUCAUCCGCCCCGGCGACGCCACCGAGACAGCUGGCGCCUACGUGGCGGCGAUCUGGCGCAGCGUGGGGCCCACCGCGAUCCUGCUGUCCCGUCAGAAGCUGACAGCUCAGCUCCAGGGGUCGUGCAGGGAGGGGGUGUUGAGGGGGGGAUAUGUGCUGGGAGGGGAGGGGAGGGAAGAAGAGGAGGAGGGGGAGGGAGGAGAAGGUGGAUUGGAUUUGAUUCUGAUUGGGUCAGGAUCGGAGCUGGUGCUCUGCCAGGAAGCUGCUGAGAAGCUUCGCCAGGAAGGGUACAGCGUGCGGGUGGUGUCGCUCCCCUGCUGGGAGCUCUUCAGGCAGCAGCCUAGGGAGUAUCGGGACGCUGUGCUGCCGCCACGUGUCACCAAACGACUGGCUGUUGAGGCUGCUCGCUCCCAGUCCAGUGCUCGCAUCCCCUCCUCUCACACCCCUCUUCCCACAACCCUCCUUCCACACCUUUUCUCCCACACCUCUCCUUCCACACCCCUUCUCCCACACCUCUCCUUCCACACCCCUUCUCCCACACCUCUCCUUCCACACCCCUUCUCCCACACCUCUCCUUCCACACCCCUUCUCCCACACCUCUCCUCCUACGCCCCCGCUCCCACAACUACACUCACCCCACACACCCCUAGCCCCAUACACACCCCUCAUCCCACACCUUUCAACCCACGCAUCCCAUCUCCUCCACCCCCUCCUUCCCGAUCCCCCUCCCCUCACACCCCUCCUCCCACACCCACACGUCCUCACCCCAUCCUCACCCCAUCCUCACCCAUCCUCACCCCAUCCUCACCCCAUCCUCACCCCAUCCUCACCCAUCCUCACCCCAUCCUCACCCCAUCCUCACCCAUCCUCACCCCAUCCUCACCCAUCCUCACCCCAUCCUCCUGUGCUCACACACCUUCUCCCAGACCCUUCUCCCCGCACUCCCUUUCCUCCGUUGUACCCCUCAACCCACGCCCCUCCUCCCACACAUUCUUACUCCACACACCCCUUCCACUCCAUCUCCUUGCACUCCCUCCCCCACACUCCUCUCUCUUUCCCUCUGCUCCCCACACUCCCACUUCCUCACCCUCAUUGCUCACUCCCUUCCCUUCCCUGCCAUGA